AUGGGCACGUUUGUUGCCUCUACUGUGCACCUGGAACACUUUACCACGGCGCUGAACUGCUUGACACCGUUUGGAUUGAAGGAUGACGUCCUGAUUUACAUCGACAGAGAUGGGCUGUCGUUUGUCAGAGAGAAUAACCACGUCAUCAAGAUACAAUUGCUGCUGUCGAAGGAGUUGUUUACGUCGUAUCAAUACCCUGAUGAGGAGGAAUUCGGGGAUGAGCGAGUAGAUGCCGAUGGGGACUUGCAGUCCUGUAUGAAACUAUGUGUGAAGAUCAAUCAUCUUCUUGACAGUGUCAAUAUCAUGAGUAAAAACGUAGAUGACAUCGUCGAGUGUACACUGACUUAUGACGGGCACGGAUCACCCUUCAUUUUAAUCUUCGAGGAUUCCUUUAUAGAGGAGAGAGUCGAAUACUCCACCUUAUUGUUCAACGACUUUGAUAGCAACGUUAACGGACUACAACUGGCCAAGGACGAAAUCGUCUUCGAAUGUAUAAUCAAGGGUGACACAUUGUACAAUGCGUUGAAAGAGUUGAAAGAAAUAGGUUGCAAGCAAUGUUACCUUUACGCCAAGACCUCUGAGACGGGCCACGAGAGUGUGUUUGCCAUAAUCGCAAAAUCAGACCUUGGAUUCUCAAAGAUUAUACUACCGAACAAUAGAUCAAUAAUAGAGAAAUUGGAGAUUUACAAGGGUGAUUCGACAACGUUACUCUACGACACACCAGUGGUUGGCUUUUUCGAUUUCAAUUCGAUUGACAAAAUACGGCUCAGUGUAAAGAUCGCGUCUAAAGUGCUAUUCAGAAUGGAUGCUCAACAAGUUCUGAGUGUCAAUAUACUUAGCCAAACAGAGGACGUUCUUGUCUCCAAACCAAGAAACGACCCAGCAACAAACAACACUACAGUGAAGCAGCCACAACUCCCGAGAGAUUACCCUGGAAUUGUCAUCGAGAUUUGCAUGUUUGCAAAGGAGGCGCUUGACAGCUUAGCGCAGCAAGACAUAGAGUUGCUGAUGGAAACUACCAAUACCAAAAAGAACCGAGAAAUCAAUUAUAUCAGCAGUAGGACAACCAUGGAAGACAAACCCUUUGCUCCUAACCAUAACGCAGAAACUCACUCGGAAUCCGAUACCGAUGAGGAACUACAUAUAACGAACAGUGUGCCUCUCUUUUUUUGA